AUGCAGCCACUCCUGCUCUUGUUGGCCUUUCCUCUGCCUCCUGAGGCUGGGACAGGAAUCAUCACUGGAGGACAUGAGGCCAGGUCCCACUCCCGCCCCUACAUGGCCUUGGUUAGGUUUCUGAUUGAAAAGAAGACCGUGAAAUGUGGAGGUGUCCUCACAAGAAAGUACUUUAUUUUGAUGGCAGGUCGCUGCUGGGGAAACUCAAUCAAUGUUACCCUGGGGGCCCACAACAUUAAGAAGCAGGAGAGGACCCAGGACGUCAUCCCUGUGAAAGAAGCCAUCCGCGACCCAGACUUUUGUCGUUUGAAAUUCUCCAACAACAUCAUGUUACUAAUGCUGGAGAGAAAGACCAAGCUGACUGCAGCUGUGUGGCCCCUCCGCCUGCCCUGGUCCAAGGCCCAGGUGAGGCCCAGACAGGUGUGCAGUGUGGCGGGAUGGGGGAAAGUCACCCCAAUGGGCAGCUUCUCAGACACACUGCAGGAGGUGGAGCUGACUGCGCAGCAGGACAGGGAGCGUGAAUCCUACUUACACAAUUAUCACAACAGUACCACUCAGCUGUGCGUGGGGAACCCAAAGGAAAAGAAGUCUUCCUUUACGGGGGACUUUGGGGGCCCUCUCAUCUGUAAGAAGGUGAUCCAGGGCAUUUCCUGCUAUGGACUAGAUAACAGGACUCCUCCACGGGCCUUCACCAAAGUCUCCAGUUUCCUGCCCUGGAUAAAGAAAACCAUGAAAUGUCUCUAA